UAUAACUAUAUCAUUCGCUCUUUCCAUUCUCCCCUUGUUCAAGUAGGGUUUUCAAGCCUUGAUCUCUCUUGCUCAGUGAGGAUUCAAGAAGCCCUUUUCCUCGGGAUCCAGCCCAACCCGGCCCGGCUCGGCCGUGUAAAGGGGUUUUAGUCCCGAGGAGAACUUCUUCCUUCUCUUCGUCGGAGAUUUCACUUUGCCACGGGCCGAUUCAACUUCUCGUCAAGAGAAUAUGAAUACGUUUUCACACGUCCCCCCGGGCUUCCGAUUCCAUCCGACCGAUGAGGAACUUGUCGAUUAUUAUCUCCGGAGGAAGAUUACUAACCGAAGUAUCGACUUGGACGUCAUCAAAGAUGUUGAUCUGUACAAAAUUGAGCCAUGCGAUCUCCAAGAGCUGUGCAGAAUAGGAACAGAAGAUGAAAACGAAUGGUACUUUUUCAGCCACAAAGACAAGAAGUAUCCAACGGGAACGCGCACGAAUCGAGCCACGACAGCGGGGUUUUGGAAAGCAACCGGGCGGGAUAAGGGCAUCUACUCUAAGCAGGAGUUGAUCGGAAUGAGAAAAACCCUAGUUUUCUACAAAGGGCGAGCUCCAAAUGGUCAGAAAUCAGACUGGAUCAUGCAUGAAUAUCGCCUCGAAACCGACGAAAACGGAACCCCUCAGGAAGAAGGAUGGGUGGUGUGUAGGGUUUUCAAGAAGAGGAUUGCGACGACGCAGAAAAUGAGCGAGCACGACUCGCCCAUGUGGUACGACGACCACGUCUCGUUCAUGGAAUCUCCGAAACAACACUCGUACAAUCCGAAUCUGCCCUACAAGAAAGAGAUGUCCUUCCCGUACGGCCCCGAUCACUUCCUCCAGCUGCCCCUUCUAGAAAGCCCUAAAGUUCUUCAGCCGCCGCCCUCCAACCCGGACUACUUUCACGUCACAGAUUGGAGAGUUCUUGACAAGUUUGUGGCGUCGCAGCUCAGCCACGAGGAUGUUCCGAAGGAGAACGAGGGUGGGGAAUUGAAUUCGUCUUCGAGUUGUUGUCAGAUUGAUCUGUGGAAGUGAUGUGCGAUUAUAUAUAUACUGUUUGCUGUAAAUAAUAUAACUGAUAAUGUCACCUAUAGCUGUUGAUCUUGCAAUACUACUUAUUACUAUA